AUGCUGAUAUUUAACAGCUUCAUGACCAAGUUAAAUCCGUAUAUCAGCCAGCUGGAUCCCUAUCUUCAUUCAUUAACAUACGUGCGACAAAAAUCCUCUUUUUUGUUUUCGGCAGUGCUCACUGCGGCUACCAAGUCUUUCGAGCCUACGUUGUACCCGACCAUGCUUGCACAUGCUGAAAAGCUGUUCAUGGAGGCAUUCCGACGCGGCGAUAAAUCCGCCGAGACUGUCCAGGCGAUCAUGGUUCUGACCUAUUGGAAAGAGCCAAAUGACACCAGAGCCUGGAUGUCUGUCGGACUGGCGAUUCGCAUGUCAAUGGAUCUUGGCUGGCAUAAGCUCGGCACGACCCCAGAUGCUUCUAAAGCGGCAACCGACACCCAACAAAGGGAGAUUAGGAAUGCCGAACGCACCUGGUUGGUGCUGUUUGUGUACGAUCGCAGCAUGAGUCUGCAAACGGGGAAACCGUGGAUGAUUGAACGAAGCCCUUUUAUCGAGUCUGUUCAAUCAUGGUGGACGCAUCCACAGGCUAUCGAAAACGAUAGACUUCUGUGUAGCUUCGUCACGCUCCGACUGCUGGCAGCGGAGGUGUUUGACCUGUUAAACCCGGGCAGUCAGUAUGCAGCCCCCCGGCCAUUGUCCAUGCUACAGACUCGCAUCGAGCGGUGGCAAGCGAAGUGGCUUGAAGUGACGGAUGCGGUGAGCUGCCAUAGCUUCUUGAUCAGAUUCUAUGGCGCCCAUCAAUCUCUACAACUCUUUUCCAUUCCCCUUCAGGAGACUUUGAAAAAAACCACUUUCGACGAAACAUGCGAUCUGAAACCAUUUUGGGUCAGCUAUCAGAGUGCCAUGACUAUGUUGCGUCUGAUGCCCGAAUAUUCAUCUUUCCUUAGGCUCUGCCAGGAUUCUAUCCACGUCAUGACGGCAUAUUCAGCCGUGCUCCUGAUCAAGGUAAGAGUCCCAGACCAAGCAUUUCUCGAUUUUGAAACCAUGUGUCAGUUCUAA